GAAGCGAGCAUGGCGGGAGAAGGAGGGAAGAAAUUCUCUGCGAGCUGGCUGAUGGAGCAGCUGAUGAGGACCAAGGACGAGCUGAAGGAGGCGAAGAUGAACAUCAGGCUUCUGGAGGAGACGCUGAGCUCGCAGGCCGGGAAGACUAACGAGCUGAGGAUGAAGCUGGAGCAUCUGAUGAGCGAGAAGGCAAGCCUGGUCGAGCAGCUCAAGGCCGCCUCCUCUUCCUCCUUGAAUGCUUCGCAUCCUGGCGACGGAGCCGUGGAGAGCAGCAGGGCGAGCAGGCAGAGCACGGGGACUAGCGUGAGGAACCAGCUGGGAGAGAGAAGGAGUGGGAGCAAUCCCUCAAGCUCCUGGUCGACAGGAAGGCACAAGGGCGGUGGCAGGAGAGCGUUGAAGAUCGACGACUCCAAGGAGGAGACGGAGAUUCUGUCCUCCCUCAUCGCUGACCUCGAGGA